GAUGAUAUAGUGACACACAGCAUUCCCAUUAUUUCUCCUAAAUAAGCAAAAACCCUCUUUUGUUCUCAACUACUAACGAUGGCUUCUUCUUCUUCUUCUUCUUCUGUUCGUUUGGUUGCAAUUGCUUCACUCUUGGUGAUGCUCUUCAUGGCCUCUGGAAUGGGAACAAUGGCUGCCGGUACCAGAAUGUGCACGUCGGAGAGUGAACACUACAGGGGGAAUUGUCUUUUAAUCAACCAAAAUUCCCGCAACAACUGCAAUAGAAUUUGCAGGGAUACAGAGGGGUUUACCUCCGGGGAUUGCACCAUUACCGGUCAGGCAAGGCGCAUCUGCAGCUGCUUCAGACCUUGCAGCUGCUACAAUAAAUAACCAACAUUGCUUGCUUCAACUUCAAUUCGAUCAGUGUUUAUAUAUAUAGCUAAAUAAAUGUCCCAAAUAAUAUAAUCCAAACAUGCUUUGGUAGCUGGGAUGCUCCGAUCCUCUCAUGUUACGUUGUUUGUAUUUGGUUGCUACAUAUAUAUAUGUGUAUGUAUGUAUCAACAUGUAGUGUGUUUCAAUCGUUUGAAGUUAUGCAAUUUCUAAUCUGUGUUUUCUAAUAUGUUAUUUUUAUACAUAUAGUACAGUGUUGAAAACUGCCCA